GAUAGGGAGAGGAGAAGAUAAAUGUUGAGAGCAUUUGUGUCCCUUGCAAUGGAAGUUUUGUUCUUCUCAUUUCAAUUUCUUCUAUAAAUUCCUGAUUUUAUCCGCUUUCCGCCUCUGAUUCAUUCCUUUCAAUCCCCACCUCCUCCACUUUCCUCCCCUCAUUUCUUCUUUUUACUUCCCCCUUCCGAUGACUCAUUCAACUUCGUGUUUCACUUGGGGUUGUUCUCUUCUUUCCUUCUUGAUUGAUUUUUCCUUGUGCGAUGUGGGGAUUCCUUAAUUUUGUGGGUUCUGUCGAUUCAAUUUUUGUUGUGGAAUUAUGAAUGAAUGCGAUAUCUUUGUCUCUUCGCUUCUGAAUCAUGUUGUUUGGCUUCUCGAUUGCCCCAAUGCCUUGAUUUUGUUUUCUGAGUUGUUAAUUUUGUUUGUGCUGGACAUGGUUCACCUUUCUGCUUGUUUGUCAUGCAAUUUCCUAGCAACUUCAAACAUUGAACUCUCAUGUUCUUUUCUGUUAAGUGCAAGAUGCCCUGGGUGGAGUUUUUAUCUGGUUUCUUGUGUUUGAUAUUCAGGCUCUUAAAGUUUGAACACUCAAGAUGAGUAUUAAACUCAUAGAUGGUACUAUCAGUUACCAAUCAAUUUUUGGCUGCUUUUUUUUCUCCUCAGGUCCUACUCUAUAUAGUUCACCAGAAAUCCAGUGAAGCCUUUGUAGUUAUUUAUGGAACUUCUUGGUAUUGGAGCAAAUAUGCAGGGUUCGAGCAACGAUCCAAACUUUUAUUUCAGUUGGGAUCGUAAAGGAGUUGUUGGUAGCUGUGUAUGGCCACAAAUCAGUGAGGAUAAAAUGGUGAACGGUCGACAUAGCUCCAAUGGUUUCUUAUCACCAUUGUCAGCAGGUCUGUAUGUCGAUUGUGGCCGAGAAGCGUUAAAGCAGAUAAUGAUUAAGCAAGAAUUGGUUUUUAGGGAUCAGCUUUUCGAACUUCAUCGCCUUUAUAGAAGACAGAUGGAGUUUAUAGCUGAGAUGAAGAGGGAAUCAUGUAAGCAUGAUGUUCGCGUUAUGACAGCUCGGGUCUCUGCGUUGUGUGCUCAAGAUGCACAUAACUUCCAUGUGUAUAAUCAAUCAUCUAUUUUUGGUGAAAAAAAGACGUCGUUACUUUCAUGUCUAGGGAAGAACUUUCAAACAGAUUCUUACUCCGUUCUGAAUGGAAGUUGUUCAACGAAUUCUUACGUUUCAGAAUCUAAGAGAAAGAUUUUGGGAAAAGUGAUGUUUAAUCUUGAACUUCCAACUGACAGCAAACACUCGAACGUAAGAGAUGAAUUGACCGAAAGGCCUGAAAUGUCGAGCUGUGAUCUGAAGAGAAUACCUGAGAUUGUUCAUAUUAGUGAUAGAACACCUUUUCUUGCCAAGUAUGAUUUGAAUGCCUCAUUAUUAGAGAAAACUAAGGUCUCGGUUGAUUUAAACGAUCCUCCAAACUUUGAGGAAGAACCGGGUUUUGGAUACGUCGAUUUAAACGAGGCUAGUGGCCACAGGGAGAUCCUUUUCCAUGAGCUCUAUGGCAAAGCCAAUUCAAACUUUCUUGUUUACUCGGAGCAAGACAAAGAUAUUGCAAGUUCAAGUCUGUCAUCAUCCACUACAUCUUUGACAAAAUCUGUACAAGAUCCUAUAGGACACCAUAUCUUGGAUGCUGAGAGUUCCAAAAUGUUGAUAGAAAACACUAUGCUUGCUGAAGACGAUCGCUCUAGCGUUAAGAACUUGAUAUCUAGAAUUGGGUCUGAUAGUGUAAGCCCUCUUGAGAUAAGCUUUGGUAAUGGCACCAAGUCCAAGAGCGUAAAAGGAGAAUCUCGUCGCUCAUUCGAGGCUGCUGCAAAUUGGAUCAAAGGUCGAAUCGACCUCAAUGUGUGCUUAAAUGAAGAAUGUUUGGCAACACCUUGUUGCUCCACUGAAAUGAAACAUUCAAUUACAGGAGAGUUUGAUGACCAAGUUGGAUCAAAUUUUCUAAACUCCAUUCGAAAUGAUGACGAACCAUUGGAGGAUCUCGUCGCGAUUGCAGCAGAACGUUUGAUAUCUAUUUCAUCAUUGGCGGCUCAAAAUUGUCAGAAAACCAUCAGCUGUCGGUAUGUUCCAGCUUCAUGUGAAUCUUUGUCCUGGUUUGCUGAAAUAGCCUUGAAAAGUAAGGAUGCUAAUGACUCAAAGGAGCUUUCACCAAAUUCCAUGGAUGACUUUGAGAUCAUGACAUUGAAGUUGAAAGAAACAAAAGUGGAAGAGUGUUCUUUGAUAGUAAGUAACCACGACGAGGCAACGGUAAAACAUGUUUCUUCGCCUUCAUGUCAACUCGGGAAGAGCCGUGUGAGGCGGAGUCCGUGCAAGAAUUUUCAGACAGAAAUUCCUCCAAGUCUUGCAACUUUGUCGAGGUACGAGGUUAAAGAAGAUAUUCAAGCAAUAGAAGGUCUGAUAGAAGUUGCAAGUUCUCGAGGUAGAACGACACGGACUCGAGGGAAGAGACGGUUAUGUAACUCAUCUUCAAAACUUACAGAAACUGUCUUAGGGUCAAUCAUGGAUCAAGUAAACAGUAGCAAUGAACAAGAGAACAAAAAAAGAAAGGUUCUAGUUUGGGGAAAUAUUACUCCUCGUCGUCGUCGGGGACAGAGAUAUCGAGCUUGUAAUCGAAAUAUCGUUGUAGGACAAGUAUAGUCAUACAUUUAAUAAAUGAAGUUAUCUCAU